AUGGAGGCUACAACAAACAUAGCGGAGGCCCCAAAGAGGAAGGCCAAGAACUUGAAGACAGAUGAUUCCCACCUGUGGAUGUUCAUGUGCUUUCCGGCCGACGGUAACUGUUGCUUUCAGGAAGAUACUGAAAUGCGACCAGACGCAGAUCCCUUCACCAUUGCAGGGAAUGCAGGGCAUGUUGCCACGGGUGAGGAUGUCGCAGGGACAGAGGAAUACGAGAAUGCCACAGACAAUGGAUCCCCGAGUGCAGGUGUCUUUCAUGCAGACCAAUCCCAGUUUGCGAACGACAAGUUGUCCUCAGGGGGUACCGAUUUCCGGCUGAAGGAGCAGCUGUCGCCUGCUUUGAGGCAAGAGGUCGAGCAAAUCAAGGCCGACAUCGCUGCGAAGCAGGCCCUGAAGGCAGCAGAAGUCGGAGGCACGCUGACGGACGUGCUGGAAACCGACAGCCGGGCAGAGGCGCAGGCGCCGCCGAAGGUCGGCGCUGAGCGAGGCCGAGGGGCAUCGGGCCGCGCAGUGCAGGCCGAGGUGCCCACAGAACGGCCCAUCGCCUUCGAGGCUUGGCCGGUGCUUCCAGGGUUGCCUGCUCUUCAUCAAGUAGGAUAUCAAGUUCUGAAAUCAUGGUGCUGCCGUUUGGGGUGUUGCUGGUGUGAUCACUUUUGCUGUACAUUGUGA